AUGGACACCGAGGAGGGGGCGGCGGGGACGACAGCGGGUCGUUCAAGUUGUCCUCCCUCCAAACCAGCUGGGCCAACAGCAGAAGAGUUCUCACAGCUCUGCCGACGAUUGGAGACUCUCGAGCGUGAUACGGCUUCACUGGCGGGCCAACUUCAGAGCUUCCGGGAAGAAAGCCUUUCGGACAUGCAGACGUUGCGGGAUCAAGGCCGCCAACAGGCUGAGGCUUACGAGCGACAUUGGCGUGAUGAAACGCGAAGGCACCUCGAGGCCUGUGAGGAGCACCUUCGCCAGCGCUUCCGAGAAGAGAAUCGGCAGCAACUGGAAGCCACCGAGCGACGGAUCUUCACGAAUGUGAUGCAGGAGUUUGAGGGCCAGCUCCGUGGGGCUGUGGCGAAGCUUUGUGCCUCGCCGCAGUCUCCGCAGUCGCAGUUCGAAGCGGAGGAGCCGGAGCAGGAGUACGAGACGCCCACGCCCGGCCCAGAGGAAACCAUCCGAGUUGAGAAGAAGGCCUUUGACAUCUCGCGGGCCGAGCUGGCUGACUCCGAGCUCAGCUUACAGACUAUUGGCUCCAUCGCACGACGGGUAUCCGCAUCUUUGGGAGGAGAGAGCAGAUCCGCGGCAAGUUCCAGCGCGCCCAACAGAGAUGCUGCCGACAAGCGAGCUCAUCAGCAAGCGCACAGGCUUCCGUCGAGCCGGAACGACCGAAGCCCGCGGACCGAGCCUAGUUUCGAGCAGCUGGAGCAGGAAAUGGAGAGGCUUGCAGAUAUGAGACGCUACGCAUCACAAGUGCUGGGGGCGAAGUCGCAGGAGCUCACAGGCUCUCGAGUGACGGCAGGAUCAGCUUCGCAGCCCUUCGACGCGUGGCAAGCCGCAGAGGAGAGUCCCGGCCGGGAGAUCAAGGAGGCGCAUGCGCGGCGCCGGACCAUGCCGGCCGCUGCUCCAUCUCCAACGUUUGGCCGCCCAGAAACUCCUGGGCGGACCACCAGCGCCGAGCGGUGGAAGCGCAGAUCGUCCCUUCAGCCAGAAGGGGCUCCUGCCUGCCCAUGGGAGGAGGAGCAGCUCCCAGCCUCACGAGUUCAAUGGGCUGAUUGGCAGGUGGACAGUCAAGGACGGCUCAUCUUUUAA